GCAAGGAGCAUAUGAUAUUCAAGAUUAUAGAUGGGAUUGGUAAAGAAAGCGGCUACGUUGAUCCACCGGUGGUGAAAAAGAGGGUCGCUCGGAAAAGAAUCCCUUUCUGACUGUCUCAACGACCCGAUCUACAAAGGAAAGUCAGGCGAGAAUAUCAGGUGUUGAGCUUCGUAUCCACAGUAGUAGUCAAUGAAUUUUCCUGCAUGCAGGCUAACCAGGCCGAUCAAAGCCGGCGAUAUGGACAGGACUUGCCGAAUAUAACCUCAAUAUGGGCACCCCUGUGCAGUUAUGAUAUUAUUUUUAAAACCUUGGAAAGAGAAGUUCUUUGUUGACCGAACUCUAUGUUGCCGAGUGGUCGCCGUAUAUUGAAGAGCUAUAUACAUGUAUCGAAACCGAGCUGGUUGUUGAGUUUCCACAACUCUCAGCCUCUUUAUACAGAAAGUUCUCAUUGGUCAAACGAAGAAUCCCGAGAGCUCUAUGGGAAAGCAAGUCAGUGGUAGGGUUUCCUUGCUAGUAUGACGCACAUGCUUCGGUUGUUGUCCGACGACGAUAUCCGGAUCUAGAUUGCGGGGAGAAGAUGCGGUCUAACCAUUGUGGCUUGAAUUCCACCACAAGAGGGAUACUAUACUCGAACAUCCUGUGGCAAGAUUUGGUGAAACAUCUUGGACUUGACGCGUGGGACUGCUAGGAAAUAGCCUAUGAGCGACAAAUCACGCCGCCACCCACUGCAUAAUUAUGGACUAUGGCGAGUGCCCACCGCUAGUAUUGUGUCAUAUUUGAUAGCACUUGACGUGUCGAGGUGUACAGCCCGUUGCGAUCCGUCUUUAAAUAAUGAGGUAUUGUGGAGGCCUACUCUUCUCAGGCCCUUGUCUAUCCCUUACUACAGGGGGAUCAAUAUAGCAACCCUACACUGUAUGUCCCAGACGAUGUACGCUGUAAUGGGGCCGUGCAUAACCACAGAUCGUUCGGAGUCACGAAGCAUCAAACACUAGCGCUGUAGGUUGUAAAAUGCGGUCGAACAGGCCUAUAAUAUCGUGGUAAGGACUCGGAAAUCGACGUUGCAUCGCAUAUGUGCGGUUCUGACUCGGCCGAUAAGGUUUCUUUCAUCGUGUAAAUUGUGUUUUUGUCCCCGUAUUCACAUCCGGCUAAGACUCAUCAAUCUCCUUACUCCCGUUAGGUCCGUAGAGCAGAGCGGUAAUGGCGGCUCCAAGUUGGUGCUGGAUACCAAAAGAUGCGCAUUGGUUAUAUUGAGAUGAAUGAAAGGUUUAUACCGUGGACAAUCAUUAAAUAACAAAGAAAAUAGGGUUAAGAAUAACCGCGGCUAAGCUCU